GGGUCUCACUGUCGCCCAUGCUGGAGUGCAGUGGCACAAUCUUGGUUCACUGAAGCCUUGACCUCCUGGGCUCAAGUGAUCCUCCCACCUGAGUCUCCUGAGUAGCUGGAAUUAUGGGCGCACGACCAUGCUGGGUUAAUUUUUAAACAUUUUUUGGUCUCACUAUGUUGCCCAGGGUGGUCCUGAGCUCCUGGGCUCAAGCAACCCUCCUGCCUGCACCUCCCAAAGUGCUGAGAUUAUAGGAGCAAGAAUGAGCACUUGGCCUGAUUUUUGUUUUAGUUGACAAUAGUCAGUGUUCAGGAAAUGGUUAUUUAUGAUUAUUAUCCAUAAAAAUUCCAAAGGGAUACACUGAUUUGUCAUUACCAAAGGGGCCAGAGAGAACCUGGCAAUUAUUUGGGCUUAGGGGAAUAAAGGCAAAGCUCUCAGAUGAGUUUCAGUCUGAAGCCUGGAAACAGGGAGGAUAGGAGGCCAGGGGCAAGAUGAUGGAUUCCAUUUUAAGUAAUAGAUUCUAAGUCUCAAGUAAAAAUCCAGGUUGCCUUUUGGGUGUAAGGUAGAAACCUGGGAUACAGAAUUGCCCAAGUUAGGCACAGUGGCUCACACCUGUAAUCCCAUCACUUUUCGAGGCUUGGGAGGGUAGAUCACUUGAGGUUAGGAGUUUGAGACUAGCCUGGCCAGCAUGGCGAAACUCCGUCUCUACUAAAAAUACAAAAAAUUACCCAGGUGUGGUGGCCCACGCCUAUAGUCCCUGCUGCUCCAGAGGCUGAGGCAUGAGAAUCACUUGAACCUGGGAGGCAGAGGUUGCAGUGAGCUGAGAUUGUGCCACUGCACUCCAGCCUGGGCGCCAGAGCAAGACUCUGUCUCAAAAAAAAAAAAAAAAAAAAAAACUUACAGAAUUAAGAGUUGCUCAUGCAGAGGAAAAAAAAAAAGAUUUAUUGUCAUUGUCAUUUUCCUUUUUUUUGUGGAAACACAGACACUAGGACCUUAAGAAAGGCAGGAGCCAGAUCUAAUGAAUCUCUAGGUUCUCCCAGCACAGCGAUCCUCCCUACUCAGUGAUCUCCACUGAGCAGGAGCCACCAAUUCUCUUUGUAACUUAAUGGAAGUGGCUUUCCCCGUCUGCACCUCAGUUUCAUUUGUAAAAUGAGGAAAAGCAAACCUACCUCUGAGGGCUGUUAUGAGAUCAUGGUUUGGAAUUUUCCUGGCCAAAAGUAAAUGCACAAGUAGUGUCUCAUGUGACAACCCAUGAUCCAUCCACCAAAUAGAAAACAAUGUUCAAACACAAAAAAUAUCAAAAGUAUACAUACAAAUGGUGGGAGUGUAAAUUAAUACAGUCUGACAGUGUCUACUAAAGCUAAACACAUACCUGCCCUAUGACCAGCAAUUCCACACUUGGGUCUAUUUUGUUUUUGUUUUUCUUUGGCAGGGGGAUAUAUUUUCAGAAGAAAUGAAUACAUAAGUUUGCCCAAAGAAAUGUACUAGAAUAUUCAUAGUGAGAGACAGGACUAGCUGGAUUUCCUAGGCUGACUAAGAAUCCCUAAGCCAACUGGGAAGGUGACCGCAUCCACCUUUAAACAAGUGGCUUGCCACUUAGCUCACACCCGACCAAUCAAGUAGUAAAGAGAGCUCACUAAAAUGCGAAUUAGGCAAAAACAGAAGGUAAAGAAAUAGCCAAUCAUCUAACGCCUGAGAGCACAGGAGGAGGGACAAUGAUUGGGAUAUAACCCAGGCACUGGAGCCCGCAAUGGCAAUCCCCUUUGGGUCUCCCCCCAUUUUAUGGGAAUUCUGUUUUCACUCUAUUAAAUCUUGCAACUGCACACUCUUCUGGUCCGUGUUUGUUAGGGCUUGAGCUGAGCUUUCGCUCACUGUCCACUGCUGCUGUCUGCUGCCAUGGCAGCCGUGGCAGACCUGCCACUGACUUCCACCCCUCAGGAUCCGGGUGGCCACUGCACUUCUGAUCCAUUGAGGCGGCACCCAUUGCCGCUCCCAGUUGGGCUAGAGGCUCGCCAUUGUCCUUGCGCGGGCUAAGUGCCUGGGGUUCCUCCUAAUCGAGCUGAAUAGAGCUGUAACACUCACUGCAUGGCCCAAGAUUCCAUUCCUUGGAAUCCUUGAGGCCAAGAACCCCAGGUCAGAGAACAAGAGACCUGCUGCCAUCUUGGAAGCAGCCCACCACCAUCUUGGGAGCUCUAAGAACAAGGACCCCCGGUAGCAACAGCACCAUAACAGCCCUAAACUGGAAAAUAUCCAGUCUGAGGUAUAGGGCAUAGUCAUAAAAUGGAAACCAUUCAGAAUGAAAAUGAAAGAAUUAUCUCUACACACAGUAUGCAUGAAUCUCACAAAAAUAACAUUAACUAGAAGAAGCCAAACGCGGUACACAGAGUACUGGUCUAGAGAGAAAGAGAAUUCAAAACAAACAAAAGUAACCCAGCUGUCACAAGUCAGGGUGAGUCCAGCCAGGCACAGUGGCUCAUGUCUGUAAUCACAGCACUUUGGAAGGCUGAAGUGGGAGGAUCAUCUGAGUCCAGGAGUUUGUGACCAGCCUGGGCAACAUAGCAAAACCCUAUCUCUACAAAAAACAUUUUAAAAUUAGCAAGGUGUGGUGGCACACGCCUGUAGUCCCAGGUGCUUGGGAGGCUGAGGUAUAGGAUCGCUUGAGUCUGGGAGGUUGAACCUGGAGUGAGUAGUGAUCUCACCACUGCACUCCAGCCUGGCAACAGAGCAAGAACCUGUUUCAAAAGAUAUAUUUUUAAAGGCUACAUGGGGUGGGUCAUGCCUGUAAUCCCGGUGCUUUCAGAGGCUGAGAGAGGAUAGCUUGAGGCCAGGAGUUGCAGACUCUAGCAAGCUAUGAUCGUGCCACUGCACUCCAGCCUGGACGACAGAGACUCUAUCUCUUAAAAAAAACAAAACAAAAAAAACAACCAAAAAAACAGAUGAGUGAUAACCUUUAGAAGGGAUCAGGGAGGCCGGGUGUGGUGGCUCACGCCUAUAAUCCCAGCACUUUGGGAGGCCAAGGCAGGCAGAUCACUUGAGGUCAGGAGUUUGUGACCGGCCUGGCCAACAUGGUGAAAUCCUGUCUCUACUAAAAAUACAAAUAUUAGCCUGGGCAACAGAGUGAGACUCUGUCUCGGGGUGGGGGGUGGAGCGGGGAGAAGAAGGGAUGGGGGAAAGGGGAGCACAUGAGGCUUCUACUGUUUGGUUUUGCGAUUUGGAUUCAGGUUGUAUGGGCAUGUUCACUUUGUGUAAUUUCGUCGAGCUGUAAUGAUUUGUGCUCUUUAUCUAACUUCAAUAAAAGGUUUACUUAACAAAAAUUGUAGCUGGUGUGAAGGGUAGCAGUGUAUCCCUGGGGCCAAGAGUACAGGCUUUGGGGACAGACAGACCUGGGUCCCAAUCUAUGCUUUGUCCCUUCGGCACGUUGUGACUGUGGCUGGUGGCUUCGUGGCUCUGAGCUUGUUUCCUUCUCUAUAAAUGAGGAAAUAUAAUACCUGCUACGAUGAUGCCUGUAAAGCUUAAGCACAGGACCUGGCACAGAUCUGUAAGGCGGAAACCUGGGAUACAGAAUUAAGGUCUAUGAAUCUCCUGUGCAGCCCAACUUCUGGGCACUCGCUGCCUCCUUUUCCCCAACCCAGACGCGUGGGUUCUACUUGACUGGUUGCUCACUGCGGGCUCGGGGCUCCUCACUCCCGGGGUAAAGCCCGGUAUGAAGGGUCACCUUCAGGGGCGGCUCGGACCUUCCCACGCCCGCGCGGCGCACAAUCUUGGGAUCAGCCCUACGUGGAGACCCUACCCGCCCGUACGAUCCCUUCUGUGGAGCCCCGCUCAAGACCCCUCCAGUUCAGACACUAGAGAGCGAAGAGAGCAGUUGGCCGCCAGACUGUCCGUGCCAGAGCUCUACGAACUUACUCCGCUGAAGGCUGCGCCACCUCCCGGAGAGAACCCCCAACCCUCUACUUCAGGGCGAGAUGGCGCCAUCGCGUGAUACUGCGCACGCGCCCAGCUCAGGUCCCGCCCUCGCGCCUGCGGGUACGGAGAGCGCAUGAGCCUAUGUUGAGGGCGGAGCCCAGACCAGCCCUUCAUCCUAUCCUGCCCUUCCAGCCCCUCUCAGCGGUAACUUAAACUACGCUUCCCAGAAGCCUCCUCAGCCAGGGACUUCCGUUGUCGUCAGCGGAAGCGGUGACAGAUCAUCCCAGGCCACACAGAGGCCGGCUUGGUCACUAUGGAGGAGAUAGGCAUCUUGGUGGAGAAGGCUCAGGAUGAGAUCCCAGCACUGUCCGUGUCCCGGCCCCAAACCGGCCUGUCCUUCCUGGGCCCUGAGCCUGAGGACCUGGAGGACCUGUACAGCCGCUACAAGAAGCUGCAGCAAGAGCUGGAGUUCCUGGAGGUGCAGGAGGAAUACAUCAAGGAUGAGCAAAAGAACCUGAAAAAGGAAUUUCUCCAUGCCCAGGAGGAGGUGAAGCGAAUCCAAAGCAUCCCGCUGGUCAUCGGACAAUUUCUGGAGGCUGUGGAUCAGAAUACAGCCAUUGUGGGCUCUACCACAGGCUCCAACUAUUAUGUGCGCAUCCUGAGCACCAUUGAUCGGGAGCUGCUCAAGCCCAACGCCUCAGUGGCCCUCCACAAGCACAGCAAUGCACUGGUGGACGUGCUGCCCCCCGAAGCCGACAGCAGCAUCAUGAUGCUCACCUCAGACCAGAAGCCAGAUGUGAUGUACGCGGACAUCGGAGGCAUGGACAUCCAGAAGCAGGAGGUGCGGGAGGCCGUGGAGCUCCCGCUCACGCAUUUCGAGCUCUACAAGCAGAUCGGCAUCGAUCCCCCCCGAGGCGUCCUCAUGUAUGGCCCACCUGGCUGCGGGAAGACCAUGUUGGCAAAGGCGGUGGCACAUCACACAACAGCUGCAUUCAUCCGGGUCGUGGGCUCGGAGUUCGUACAGAAGUACCUGGGUGAGGGCCCCCGCAUGGUCCGGGAUGUGUUCCGCCUGGCCAAGGAGAAUGCACCUGCCAUCAUCUUCAUAGACGAGAUUGAUGCCAUCGCCACCAAGAGAUUCGAUGCUCAGACAGGGGCCGACAGGGAGGUUCAGAGGAUCCUGCUGGAGCUGCUGAAUCAGAUGGAUGGAUUUGAUCAGAAUGUCAAUGUCAAGGUAAUCAUGGCCACAAACAGAGCAGACACCCUGGAUCCGGCCCUGCUACGGCCAGGACGGCUGGACCGUAAAAUUGAAUUUCCACUUCCUGACCGCCGCCAGAAGAGAUUGAUUUUCUCCACUAUCACUAGCAAGAUGAACCUCUCUGAGGAGGUUGACUUGGAAGAUUAUGUGGCCCGGCCAGAUAAGAUUUCAGGAGCUGAUAUCAAUUCCAUCUGUCAGGAGAGUGGAAUGUUGGCUGUCCGUGAAAACCGCUACAUUGUCCUGGCCAAGGACUUCGAGAAAGCAUACAAGACUGUCAUCAAGAAGGACGAGCAGGAGCAUGAGUUUUACAAGUGACCCCUCUCUUCCCUCCACCACACCACUCAGGGGCUGGGGUUUCUCUCGCUCCCCCAGCACCUCUGUCCCUAAACCUCAUUCCCUUUUUUCUUUACCCAGGAUUGGUUUCUUCAAUAAAUAGAUAAGAUCGAAUCCA